AGCCUUACACCAACACACAACACACCGCACACAGAAUACAACAAACAAAUAGUAAGCUAAAGCGAGAGGGGUUUGUUUUAAUCAGUUUUGCACACCGUUGUUCGCAAUUGACACAAGCGGAGUUUGCAUGGCAGUUGGACUCGAGCAAGCGAUUAGUGCGGCCACCGGAGAACGGUUUGCUCAAGUUUUGAAUCGGUACAAAACGACAGUGGCAUAAGCAGAUCUAUUGAUACACAGACUAGGGCAAGAUUAGAGCAGUGAGAUUUUCACGGCUCCUUGGCUGUGUGUGAUUAUCAUUAUUGCCAGCGCCAUCACACGUGCGUGUGUGUUGGUGCACCGUCCGUGUGCAAUACGGCCCCGCACGGGGUGCCAGUUAACAACGAUCAAAGAAAAACAACACAAAACAACAGAAACGUCGACAAAACGGCCCUGUUUCCCACCCUCCAGACGUACACACCCGGUGCGCGCACCCACUACCAUCCAUCGGACGGACGGUGCAGGUCCGGCCCGUCAGAUUCGUCGUCGAGGUCGUACUGAUUACGCUCUCCUGGCGGGUGUAAUACAGCAAACGGAACCGUAACCGGACGGUUGUUACAAGCAAUCUUUGCGCGACGCGGGGUUCGGUGUGUGCGUGUCUACGCGGAACGAGCGAGAACCACGGCGGUAAUCCGACGAAUAUCCGAACGACCGGAACAUCCAUCAUGAAGCUGGAAUCACGACCAAUCACGGAGAACCCGAUGCAUAUAAAGCGUGCGUCCACGGAGAAGCUGCGUGAAAUCUUUGGCAAAUAUGCAACGCAGCAAGUGAAUGGCGAACCGUAUAUGACCAGCGAAGACUUCGUGCGGAGCUUUCUCGGACAAUCGUACAAUGAGGAAUCGAUCAAACUAAUCGCCGGUAUUGCCGACACCAGCAAGGAUGGGCUCAUCUCGUUCGCCGAGUUUCAGGCGUUCGAGGGUCUGCUCUGCACACCGGACGCCCUGUACAAAACCGCGUUCCAGCUGUUCGACCGUAACGGUAACGGCUCGGUCACGUACAGUGAGUUUGUCGAUGUUUUCAAAAAGACAGAUCUGCACGCUAAAAUACCGUUCAAACUGGACGGCCCUUUCAUACAGCUUUACUUCGGCAAGGACCGGCAGCGUGUGAUCAAUUACGUCGAGUUUAGCCAGUUUUUGCACGACUUCCACGAGGAGUGUGCGAUGGAGGCGUUCCGCUUGAAGGACACCUCCGGUUCCGGGUUUAUCUCGGCCCUCGACUUUCAGGACAUAAUGGUAAACGUGAAGAAGCAUCUGCUCACUAACGAGGUGCGCGAUAACUUGAUUGCGGUAACCGAAGGGCACCGGGUGAGCUUUCCCUACUUUAUGGCAUUUAAUUCGCUGCUCAACAAUAUGGAGCUGAUCAAGCGCAUUUACCUGAACGCGACCAGUGGCAACCGGGCGGAACCGAUCACCAAGGAUGAGCUGUUGCAUUCCGCGCAAACGAUGAGCCAGAUAACGCCACUGGAGAUAGACAUACUGUUUCAGCUGACCGGCGUCAUACAUCAGAGUGGACGGAUCGUGUACAAUGAUCUUAGCAACAUUGCGCCGGAACAUUACAUUAAGAACAUCACGCAUCGGUUAGCAGAAAUCAAAGCCGUCGAAUCGCCCGCCGAUCGGUCGUUCUUGAUCCAGAUAAUGGAGAGCACGUACCGGUUUACGCUAGGUUCGGUUGCUGGCGCUGUCGGUGCCACGGCGGUCUAUCCGAUCGAUCUGGUGAAGACACGCAUGCAAAACCAGCGUACCGGUUCGUUUAUCGGUGAGGUGGCGUACCGGAAUUCGUGGGAUUGCUGCAAGAAGGUCAUCCGGCACGAGGGCUUCCUUGGGCUGUACCGUGGUUUGGUACCGCAGCUGAUGGGUGUCGCACCGGAGAAAGCGAUCAAGCUGACGGUGAACGACUUUAUGCGGGAUAAGCUGACGGACAAGCAGGGCAACAUUCCGCGAUGGGGCGAAGUGCUUGCUGGCGCUUGCGCCGGUGGUUCGCAAGUGAUUUUCACCAACCCGCUGGAAAUAGUGAAAAUUCGGCUACAGGUGGCCGGCGAGAUUGCGGGUGGUGCCAAGGUCCGGGCGCUCAGCGUGGUCCGGGAGCUCGGUCUGUUCGGGCUGUACAAGGGUGCGCGUGCCUGUCUGCUCCGGGACGUACCGUUCUCGGCGAUCUAUUUCCCGAUGUACGCCCACACGAAGGCAGCGUUCGCGGACGACGAGGGCUACAACCAUCCGCUGACACUGCUGGCGGCCGGUGCCAUCGCUGGCAUACCGGCGGCCUCGCUCGUCACACCGGCGGACGUGAUCAAGACCCGGUUGCAGGUGGUGGCCCGUACCGGCCAAACGACCUACAGUGGGGUGAUGGAUGCGGCCAGAAAGAUUAUGGCUGAGGAGGGUCCGCGUGCCUUUUGGAAGGGAACAGUCGCUCGCGUGUUCCGAUCGUCACCACAGUUUGGUGUGACCCUCGUGACGUACGAGCUGUUGCAGCGCAUGCUGUACGUAGACUUUGGCGGAUCGCGCCCGGCCGGUUCUGACGUGGCGAAGGCAAAGGUUGAUCUAGCCCGCGUUAAUCCGGAUCACAUCGGUGGCUACCAGGCGGCCCUGCCCAUGCUGAACGGCAUCGAGACCAAGUUCGGGCUCAGCCUGCCCCGCUUCGGCAGUCCGGCACUGAAACGCCAAGCGUCCUGAUAAGGUCCGUGCCAUCGUGGAUGGCCGGAUGGACGGACUGUCGAGGAUUUGUUAUGCCGCUACUCUAGUUACGAUAUUGAACUUCCUAAGGAACAACAAAAAAAUCACACACACAUACAGGCGCAAACACACAGGCACUUAUACAUAUACACAGAACAGCAGAUAUACAUAUUAUAUAUAUUGUGCGAUUAUUAUACGCUACUACUACUACUACCACUUGCUGCUGCUACCAGAGCUACCGUUACUAUGCACUGCUGCGACAACUGCAACACAUUUUCGUGGUAACACGACGCAAAACGAAUUUAUCUCACCUCAACGCAAUGCGCUCACCUUAAUCUCACCAUGAAAGCAACUUUUUCGGAAUUGAACCUAGUAGCCUAGUACGUCCACGAACAGAGCGCCCGUUAGCGCCAGCCAUCCAACCAGCAGGCAACCUGCUGUCCCCUCAACACGUCACGCGUUUCUACAGCGAAUCGGAUGUUGGUUGGGUUUUUGUUUUACUUUUUUAUUGUUCUUCACCAUCAUUCGAAUUCAUUUUUGAGUUACUUUUUGUAUUUUUUGUUUUGAAAAGUUGUUUUAAAUAUUAUUGUUACUAUACUUCCGGUCUCGGCAGUGAUUUUUUAUGGUACGGAACAGUAGAAAGGGAAGUAGGAAGGGUUUGUUAUCAACACAUAUAACACAUUCGCCUAGCAUUUCGCCUAAUUACGGGCACAUUCUGGUUCUGCAUUUGCACGUGCCAUCACAUACAUACACACACAUGGAACUGGCACCAGUUAGGACACAAUUGAAAACAAAAGACUCCCAAAAAACAAAAUGAUGAACGCGUACACAUACACACACACACCGUAUUGCAAAGGAUGCAGCGUGACUAUUGAGUGGAAUUGCUAUCCGUCGUGUGUUUGUGUGUGCGCUCUCAUAAUGCAAUAGUGAGCGAAAAAAACAAAAGGAUUGGAAGAAAGGGAGCACAGGGAUGGGGGGGGGGGGCGUGAAAGUGGGACAACAAACAAAAUCAACAACAACAAAAAGAAACAAAACUACAAACGGGAAAUGAAACAGAAUCACCUCAUCGCUAAAAUAGUCCGAUAAGUAGACAAAUAAAAUUAUUAUAACUAAUAAGUGGAAACAGCUUUAAUCAUUGUUUCACAUAUUUGGGUGCCGAUUCUGUAUUCUUCUUCUUUUUUAUGUAGUAGUAGUGUGUAUGCUUUUAUAUUACCUUGCUCUUGGUGCCCCGUUUGAUUGAUGGUUGAUAGAGUGAUGGGAAACGAUUGAAUAUUUGAUUGUCUUUACGCACAAUUUCGCCGGAUGUCUUAUCAAGCUCACGACGGUUAAUGCUUUGGAGCAGUAACGCGCCUCAGAUGCGGUCUUAUUUAUAACAUACUCGGUGCGCUUUGUGGCACUGCUGGCGAUGAUCGACUACGGUGACCAUUAGUGGUGGAAAUCAACCCUAAAGCUUCUUAACCCUUACCGGAGCAAUAGGGUUUAAACAAAAACAAAAUGUGCAACUCGUCGAAAAUGGAGAACAAGUGCUUUAACUUUCGGUCUAAGUCACACCAAAUGGCUAUGAAAUACUUCAGUAAAGUGAAUAUAUACAUUUAGAAAUUUGAAAAAAAAUAAAACAUAUAUUAUUGAAAGGAAAUGUUAUACAGAUAUUGGAUAAAGACUAUUUUCAUGAGAUCCUCGUUGGAGCAACUGAAUAUAUUAUAUAACCCUGUCUUUGAACAAUAUAAAAACUAGACUUUGAAAUACCCAAUAGGAUUUCGUAUAAAUUCACCAAUCACCAACAAAGAAGAUUAAAAUAUAUUGUGGAAGGUGUGUUAGAUUUAAAAAAAUGCAAUUCUUUCGAAAUUGGUGAGCGUUUUAAUUUUGUAAGAAAGAUGUUUU